UCCAAUGACAAAGUUGUUCAAAGCCGUCCAAUAUUGCCAAUACCAUACAUUUUGUAACAAUAAUAGCAUUUACCUUUUUACUAUUUUACGCCAAUGCUCAGCAAAUUUAACUCAAGGGCCUGCACAGAGGUGAAGAAAGUUGGAAACCGACACACACACACACUCUCGACCCAAACAGACACGUCGAAAUCCAGUCCGGGUUUUCAGAGCGCCUGCUUUGGGAUUCUGCAAUUGGGAGUUUUAGAGCAUCUCAAACCACACACAGCAUCAGCUUGAACAACAAGAACUGAACCAAGACUGCUUCUCACUGGAAGCUGCACCAAACUUCAUAAAACAAACGGAAACUUUCCAAAAACAGCCGGCUACCUUUCGAGUCGCCUGCGUCUUACGUGUAACUUUUGACCGAGUGAGAUAUUCCAGGAACGAGCCAGCAAAGUGAGUUUAUGAAAAACAAAAACUUGACUUCCUGUUUCAGGGUGGUCCAAGGCGCUCGGAGACCGAGAAUGGAAUACAGUACUUAGAACUGAGCUCUGUGACUGGAAAGUAAAGGGAAUGGACUUUCUCUUUUAAAUGACGUGUUUUUAAAAGGAGUUUACAUUUCUAUAUAGAUAAAAAUGAUCUGGUGAAUGUGUAUAUAUUACUUUGUAAGUAUAGAGUUCCUCCGAAUACAGGAGUCUUAUUGAAAGGUCUGCAUCCCCCAAGAGAUUUAACCUUUUUGGAUCGAAUUCCGACCACCAACUGAUGAAAACGGUUUUCUACAGUUUUCAGAGGGCUUGACGGUGGUUUCCCAGGAUUCCAAGCUCCAAUGCCAGUUGACAUGCAGCCCCAUCAGGGCCGGUAUCGCUACGAGCCUGGCCCCAGUCAGCCCGCCAGGGGCCUCACACCGUCUGGCAGUCCUGUGUACUCUGAUGUGUCUCUGAUCAGGAUGUCUCCUCAUUGCUCUCAGCCUGGGGAGAGCCAGGCCCUGUUCCACCCCAACAGCCACGCCUUCGUGGAGCCAUACAUGAGGCCACCUCACGGACAGACACCCCCCAGCAUGCUGGCUAACCGGGGCGUGGCAACAGCACAUGGAGGGAAUGGAGGGACUUACUACCACCAGAAUAACCUGAUGGCCAGUCACCAUGGCUUUGGCUUGAACCAGGCUGGGGGAGAGCACCUGAGCUCUAUGGAUGUGUCGCGGUUCUCCACGCCUCGCUCGAUGAUGAAGCUCAGUAAGAAGCGAGCGCUCUCCAUCUCUCCCAUGUCAGACGCCAGCAUUGACCUGCAGACCAUGAUCCGCACCUCCCCCAACUCCCUCGUCGCCUUCAUCAACUCCCGCUGCGGCUCCACCACCGGCUCCUACGGGCACCUCUCUGUGGGGGCCAUGAGCCCGUCAAUGGGAUUCCCAGGCUCCAUGAGUCAUGCCAAGGGUCCGGGCUCCUCGUUCGGGCACGGCCCGCCCCUCAGCCACCCCCCUGGGCCCUGCCACCCUGCCUUCAGGCACCCGGCCACCCCCAGCCUGCUGCCACACAACAAGCACUGCCACAUGAAGACGGAGCCUCUGGGCAGUGUGAAGGGAAUGGAGGACAGGUCUGAGUGUGACGUUCCCAGCCCCUCCUCUGCAGGCACACAGGACCCUCUGAUGGGACUCCUGGACGGGAGGGAUGACCUGGAGAAGGAGGACGGGAAGCAGGAGGCUGAAGUCGUGUAUGAGACCAACUGUCACUGGGAGGGCUGCACCAAGGAGUUCGACACCCAGGAGCAGCUGGUGCAUCACAUUAACAAUGAGCACAUCCACGGGGAGAAGAAGGAGUUUGUGUGUCACUGGCAGGACUGCUCGCGGGAGCAGAGGCCCUUCAAAGCUCAGUACAUGCUGGUGGUGCACAUGAGGAGACACACUGGAGAGAAGCCACACAAGUGUACUUUCGAGGGCUGUAAUAAGGCGUACUCCCGGCUUGAGAAUCUGAAGACCCACCUGCGAUCACACACAGGGGAGAAACCGUACGUGUGUGAACACGAGGCCUGCAACAAGGCAUUCUCCAACGCCUCGGACCGAGCCAAGCACCAGAACCGCACCCACUCCAACGAGAAACCGUACGUGUGUAAAAUCCUGGGUUGCACCAAGCGCUACACUGACCCCAGCUCGCUGAGGAAGCACGUCAAGACCGUGCACGGGCCCGAGGCUCACAUCACCAAGAAACACCGCGGAGACACGGGCCCCCGGCCCCUUGGAGCAGGGCUGCCCCCCUCUGGACAGGGCCAGGAACUACACAUGGAGAAGGAGGAGGGCAAGAGAGAGGACUGCAAACUGAUGGUGCCAGACAAUACACUGAAAUCUCAGCCCAGUCCUGGUGGCCAGUCCUCGUGCAGUAGCGAGCGUUCGCCACUGGGGAGCGCCAACAACAACGACAGCGGGGUGGAGAUGAAUGCAAACGCUGGGGGCAGCCUGGAGGAUCUCUCCACCCUGGAGGACGCGCCCUGCGUGGAGUCAGCGGGCACAGCGGGCAUGUCCGCCCAGGCCCUUAAGCGGCUUGAGAACCUCAAGAUUGACAAGCUGAAGCAGAUCCGCAGGCCCACCCCACCCACUCGAAACGUCAAGCUGCCCGCCAUCCCGGGUAACCAGGGAGAGAUGCUGUCCAUGUGCGGCCCGUCUCCGAUGCUGUCUAAUCGGCGGGUGAGGGAGCUGUCCAACAAUGACCUCGUGUCCAUGAACCAGCUGACCGAUCGGAGGAACAGCAGCACAAGCAGCAUCAGCUCCGCCUACACGGUCAGCCGGCGGUCAUCUGUCGUCUCUCCCUACCUCUCCAGCCGUCGGUCCAGCGACGUGUCCCAGGUCAGCGGACACCCCCAAAACACAGGCGACCCCCUCUCUCCCGAGAGUACCCGCAGGGCGGGAGAGGCCAGGCAGUGCGGGGGAGGCCUGCCCGGUUUGGCUAACCUUACCCCAGCACAGCAGUACAGCUUGAAGGCCAAAUACGCGGCUGCCACUGGAGGUCCUCCCCCCACCCCCUUACCCAACGUGGAUCAGCCCGGGGCAAGGAUGGGUUUCAUGAAUGACUACCAUGGUCAACCCAUGCCUCCAUUCCAGCAUCACGGAAUCCAACGCAGGAACAGCGCCAACGAGUACAGCAGCUACGGGACGGGCAUCAUCCACCCUCACCAAGCGCCUGGGAACACCAUCCGGAGAGCCAGUGACCCGGUGAAGUCAGGGGUCGACCAGCAAGCAGUGGCCAAAGUCCAGCGUUUCAACAGCUUGACCAACAUGAGCAUGUCCCUGAUGGGAAGAAGAAACGCCACCACCUCCACACUCCAGCAUUUCGGAGGGUCGGAAGCCAACGUUGCUAGGCACAUCUACUCCCCACGGCCCCCUAGCAUCACAGAGAAUGUUAUGCUGGAGGCUAUGGCCAGUAUGGAAAACCCCGCUGCCACCCAGCCUAGGGAUCCCAACUUGAUGAUGCCCACCGAUGGUAUGGGGCAGUAUAUGGGUUACCACCAGGGGUCGAACUUGUCUCCUAAUCACGAGCCUUUGAAUUGCAACGAACAAGGCUAUCAGGCAGCAGGGGUGCAUCAUCAGAAUAUGUAUCACAGCCAGCGUACAGAUAUGGGCAACCAACAAGUCAGGCAAGUUGAGGCCAUGCGCCAAGGAGGGAUGGCAAGCAACAUGAUUCAACAGCCAGAGUAUGGAAUGAACCAAUGCCAGCUGAGUCCUUCCAGUCAACACUUCCCUAACCUCUUGCAGAUGAAUGCCAGCGAAAACCUAGCAGGCCAGUGGGGAGAGCCUAGCCCAGGCAGUAUGGACCACUCGCAUCAGAACCACCCGCAUGCAAUGCCAAACAUGAUGUCAGGCGGGCAGUAUACAGGUUCUGCCAUGCAACACCCAGGCCACCCAAGGUCAAGCAUGCCCAACAACAGCCACACUCAGCCAACCAUGUUCACCAACCAGAAGGUCAUGCACCAGCAGACCAUCAAACCAGAGCAGCAGUUCCACCAGUCCUUGUCAACCUUGAACCCCUGUCAGAAUAUGAAGCAGCAGCAGCCCAUGGCACCUCAGCAGACUUUUGACCGGUCUUCUCAGAUGGUACGUCCAAGUGGUAUGAGCUGCGAGUUCCAAGGCCAGCUAGACACCCAGCAGGCUUCCUUCUCCGUGGGCAUGACGGCUGGCAUGCUUGGGUCUCCUGUACAGGAGGGGAGAAGGUCUCAGACCCCCAUGAUGCAGGUGAAGGAGAUGAUGGUUCGGAAUUACGUGCAGUCCCAGCAAGCCCUGAUGUGGGAACAGCAGCAGAAAAACGAAAUGCCUCCGCCAGCAGACAGCAUGGACCUGGGCAGCCAAGGCCAGAUCAUGCAGCACAGCCCCCAUUCCCAGCCUUACAUGAGUCCCAAUUAUAUCAACUACCAGCAACCAUCACAGCAGCAGGCUAACCUGAUGAGCCCAGUGUCUCACAGUGGAUCAGUGCAGUCUAAAGACAUGCUGAGCCCCAACAGCCAGUGCUACAGCCACGACAUGGUUCCCAGGCCUCCACAAGGAAGGAAACCCAUAAGCCGGCAGAACAGCAUGACCCACCAGCAAGGGUACCUAGACAGCCCCCCUCAGUUGAGCCCGGGCCAUGAGUCUUCCACCAGCCCUAGGAGAACCGUCCAGCUUCCUCAAGUGCAACCCCAUCAAGAAUUGAGCACCAGCAACAACAGCACAAUCUACUAUUCCGGGCAGAUACAAAUGCAUCACCCGGAUAUAAGCAAGCAGCUCGCCAGGCAAAACUCCCAGCAGGGGAGCUGCGUGAACCAGCAAAUCAACCAAAUGGACCAAAUGAAGCCAGGAUCCUUGGCUUAUCCCGAGAUGGGGCAGAUGUCCAGCGCCCUUGAUAACUUGGAUCUGGAGAAUGCCCAGAUAGACUUUGCAGCCAUUCUAGACGAUGCAGACCACUCUGCCUUGAUGCCCGGUCCCAAUGGCAUCCACAGCUCGUCCCACACGUCCUCCCGUCUCACCACGCCAAGGAACUCUGUCACUCUCCAGUCAGGGCUGUCCAACAUGGACAUGGCAUCCAUCAUGACUUCACUAACGGGGGAAAACAAGUUUCUCAACACCAUGUCUUAGAAACAGGACAGCUUAUAACCCUGCAACCUCCAACCCCAAAACCAGGAACUGCUUCAACAAAUAAAAGCACUUUCCCUUCAAUCUGCAGCAUGAGAGCUGCAUGAAAGCCAGGGGAAGACAGAAGCUUGUUGAGCAGUCAAUGGGGACGCAAGGCUUCAAUAUAAUAAGCAUAAUGAAGACCGUGUUGAAUAAAACGGCCAAGCUUGCUUUCCCUUACAAAUAACAUUACGUUCUGCAACGGGUGUAUUAGUUUACAGAAGCAUUCAUCAAAUCCAUUCCCUGGUGGUGUCAAUAUACUGGAGACCUGGCUUACUCCUUACCACAACAAACCCAUAGGCAAAAGUGUGCAUGCAUUUCAUGUAAAUAAAAUCUAUAAAUAUAUACAGUAUCUAUAUAUAUGUAUCUGGUGGACAAAUAUGGAGUUGCCAGUGCAGACAGUGGUAAGCACAACCAAGUAAGCCUCUAAAAGGGAGAACAAAGGAGGGUUUGGAAAGAUGAACAAGAUGAUGAUCCAUUUGCCAUUCAGAAUGUAAUGAGGUUUAUGAACAAGUGCCUCAUCCCCGCUGAAAAUAUUCCCCCUAGCCGUGCACUUUCCCACGUUCUCGGAUCAUGCUAACCAUAAGCACACUUUGACAGCACAUAACCAAGACCCGGAUUCACCAUUGCAGACUAUGGUACCAGAUGCAACACGAAGACUUUGCUUCAGCUACAAUACUUUUCAUUAAGGAUCCACCCAUUCUGGAUCUAAUUUUAGAUCCUUCUGACCGACGCACCUUGGUCAUUUCGGUACAUUACAGUAAAUUCAAUAGAGAUCUAAUGUGAUGUCAAAUGCAGCACAUGGACUUGAUAGGGACCGUUGACAGGAUAGGUGUUGCAGCGCAGGCGGGUAUCUGACCCAACUCCAAGUGCCUUUGCAUUGCACAAGGGCAUCCUGCAGGAUUUGUGCUACCUCAAAAUCAGUACCUUUUAUUACUACACAGGUACUUGAGCAAAAAAGUGCAGUCACAGUGGAAAAAAAAGGGAGGACUGAAAAGCAAAACCUAUACUUACGCGUUACAAGAACCAAGCAACGCCAUUUGGGCUUUAAAACAACACUGUGUUUGCAGAAUUAUUCUGCAGCAACCCAUCUACAAACAAUCCUAACCGUGUCAAAUACGGACUUGAACCAGAAGCUGUAUGUAAAAGGUGUAUUCGUGUCGGCAGAUACUGUUACAAGAGCAUUUCAGAUUGCCGGUCUCUGGUUUUGUACGUUUCAUUUUGUGUGUAAAAACGUUUAUCAAUUCAUUGUAAGCCUUGGCGGAAGUGCUUCAGCGUGUUCCUACCUGCGUUGCAGAAUCAGCUGUCCCGCCCUCUGUCUGCUUUGUAAGGUUGAUCCGCACAGGACUUUGCUGCUGUAUUUUGUGUCCGGUUUUUGCAGCAUUGUGAUGUAAAGACCCAGGCAGUGGCACAAUCUAAAGAAGAAAACCAAAAGAGGAGAUCAUGUAAACGGUUGUUUUUUUUCUAAGCUUGGUAACUCACAAAACCAGUGUAACUACAUUGGGUGUAUUAAAUGUAUUAAAACAUGUCACUAUGAGAAAUAGUGUUUUCAAAAUUGUUUGGAAUAAAGUGUUAAUAGAAAGUGCAAGGAAGCAAUUCAAACCCACCUCACUUUGUACGAGACAAAUGCUCUACCAGUCAGGCAAUGCCAUGGUAGUAGUCUGUAUUCUGCAAUAGAUCAAUUAUUUCAGGAAGAUCGACAAUGCUUUGUAUCCUUGUAAUGUUCAAGUCCACAGGUGCCUGCUAAACACUUUUCAUUUUAUUAUCAUUUCUUUAUGGCUUGUUUUCUAGCAGUAUCCGAAGAAGGUAGUUCAUGGGGUGUAAUUUGUAACCCUGUCUUUGAAUUAGACCCUCUUCUAUUCAAUGGGAACCACAGUAACUGCAUCGCAGUUAUGAGCUCAGAUUGACCCCUAGAGGUUUGAGAACACAGGUUGUGUUUAAAAUUCUAGUGGUGUACCUUCGUGGUGGACUGCUGUAACCAUUGGUGACAGAAUUCUGAGGGGGAUCUCUGCAACCAAUCAACGCUUUGGAAUGUCCGCUCUACUCGGAAGGCUGUAAGCAAGUAGAUUGGUGGAAAAAUCUAACUUUGAAAUUCCAGGCUCAAACUUUUGACAAUUUGGCACUGAACUCAACUCAAGACUUUCUUUAAUUCCCCAUUCACUACGAUGUCUUAUUUAGCAAUGCGAAAUACUGUAUCAGGUAAACCAAAGAGCAUUUAAAAAAAUAAAUGUACAUACAAACUAUAGCUUUUUUAAAAAAAAUAAAAUAAAAAAAAACUUUUUAUCAAGACUUUCUAUAGAAUGGCAUGUUCUAGUGACCACUUUAUAGACAAUGGUCAACUUGCGUGUGUUUUUAGCAGCAUGUAGCAUCGCUUUUUCCAGUGUACAUUUUGUCAGUUGAACUCUACUGGCAAAAGAAUCCUAAUAAUAAUAAUAAUAAUAAUAAUAAUAAUAAUAAUAAUAAUUGCAUUCAUACAGGAACACAAGUGACUUCAUAUUUUUGAACAUGUUAUUUUUUACAUAUCUAUUAUAUUUGACUGCUUUAAAAAUAAAUAGAUGCCUGUUCUGAUUUUAGUCUUUUUAACAGAAAGACAAAAUAUUUUUCAAAGCAACAAUACAAGAAGAGAAAAUAUGUGCAAAAUCGAUUUAAGAUGAUUGGUUAAACUAUAAAACAUGAUGUGAUCUUGCAACCCAGGGAUAUAGGAGAGAGAAAAAAAAAAAAAUCACUGCCCACCAGAUCAUUGUGAGGUCAAAGUUUUCCAACUCUGCAGACCUGUACUGCAAAACAGGAAAUAUCUGCAACAAACUUUUUUGCAGAUGUCUCACUGCGGACAAAUUUACAGCAAAAAAUGUUUGCACAUGUAAACAUUUACUGUAUAUAAACGGAAUUGUGUAAUUAAGCUCAUUUUGCAUCAUGUAUAUAUUUUGCAGCAUUUAAUGGUUUUACAGAAUAUAGGAAGAACACACAGCUGCGCUGUGGAAGGAGGAAUGAAAAUGGCACAAAUGAAAUGGUUUAAAAACACCAGCAAAAAAAUCUAAUAAAAAAAAAAAAACCUUUAGUACCAUUGUUGCCAUCUCCCCUUUGUGUGCAGCCAAA